AUGCUCACACCCGCUCACACCUGUGCUUUAGAAGGCUUCACCGUCUGCUUUCAAUCACUAGGAAUUAUAGAACGGGGAUACGCCACGCGUCUGUACCAGCUCCAGUUCAGCGUCAGCGACCGACUCUGGGGCCAGCGGGGAGUGUCAGCCAAUGUCACAGUGACGGUGAAACUGCUGACGGACGAUUCCCUAACCCACGCCACGCCCUUGACUCUCACGCCCAUAAGCCCGGCGGUGUUGACUAAAGGAUGGACGCCCAUGCGCGGAGGGGGCGUUUUAGGCCGCUUGGUGGAGGGGAUCCUUCGCGCCGUGGGUGAGGACGCCCACGUGGUCGAGGUGGUGAGCGUGCACGACGCCCGCCGCCCUCCGUUCCCGCUCGACGCCCCGCCCAACGCCACGUCGACCUUCUUCCAGACGCCGCCUUCCUUCGUGUCUCCUGCGACGCCCUCCUCCGACGCCUCCGCCCGGGCUGCGUGCGUGUGGGUGAGCGUCAGGGAAGCGAUGGGUGGCUUCAUCGACCCCGUGAAGCUCCAGGGCCUUCUGCAGCUUCAUUCCGCCGAGGUAUCCAAAGCGGUCAACUUGACGGUGACGGCAGAGGACCCAGAGAAGCUGGCGUCCUUCCCUAAGCAGCUGGAGGACGCGAGGGAGCCUCUCGACCAUCAACCAGGAUCAAAGGACACCCAGGAACCCUCCUCAGCUGCCUCGCUCUCUUCCUCGCCGGUCCCCCUGCAGGUGGUGGACAUCAACGCCACGUCUUUGGUGACCCCGCGCCUCACCCACGCCCGUCGCUGUCACGCCCUCGAGUACGACACUUGCACGCCCGCCACCUGCCUCAACGGAGGGCGCUGCGUCGGGGACCAUGGCGAGACCUCACCCACGCCCCACGCCCUCGUCCUGUACUCCGGCCCCCUCGCGCCCACCUUCCCCCGUCGCGAGAGGAGGACGCCCACGCCCCUCUUGGCCGUUCAGGUGCGGAGUGGGCGGCCUCAGGUGCUGCUCUAUGGCGGGGGCGGUCAACUCAAGCUGUCUGUUAACGCUACGGUGCACGACGGACAGUGGCACACCGUCUACGUGAGGAUUCACUCCAAGCCUCAGCCUUCAUUAAGAAAGCUGGUCAAGAAGCAUAAUGUUGCUCUUUGUGUGGUUGAUUUGAUGGCGCUGCUUAUUCAAAUACAGGGCGUGGUCGUGUCCGUGGACCUCUGCGGCCGCGACGACGGGUCCCCCUGCGUGGCGAAGGCGACGUGGGGCGUCCCCGCCGAGACGCAGCCCUGGUUUGGCUCCAGCCCCCUGCAGGUGGGCGGCCUGGCCCACUCGCGCCCACGCCCCGAGGACCACGGCUGGGACGAGGCGCCGACGACGCGCCCGCUGGACGGCUGCAUCUCGCACCUGCGGGUCAACAGUCAGCUCGUGGACCUGGGCGAGCCGCCCUACGCCAAGGGCAGCGUGGCCGGGUGUCGGGCGCAGGAGGCGGCGUGCGAGGGCGGCAGGGGCGCAUGCGGCUUCCGCGGGCGGUGCGUGGGCGGCCACGCGGAGCCCGAGUGCGAGUGCGAGCCUGGGUGGACGGGCCCCAGGUGCGCUACGCCCACGGUUCCGGCCCUCUUCGGCUCGUCCUCCUACGUGAAGAUGGCGCUGGCGGUGGCCGUGCCGACGCACGAGGUGCGAGUGCAGCUGCGUGUGAGGACGCGCGACCUGCGAGACGGGCCGCUGCUCCAGCUCUCCUCGCGGCACCACCUGGCGACCCUUUCCCUCCACGUAAGUCCGCCCGCAGCGUGGCAGCGCCUGUCGGAAUGGGAAAGAGGUGCAGGAGACAAAACGCGGCGCAGCGUGCGUAUCGCUCCCUUAAUAGAGUUUGCUCGCCCUUUGCAGCUGCGGGCCGGCAUGGCGUGCGCGUCUCUGGGCGGAGGCAGCCGCUCGCCGCAGGCGGUGUGCGUGGAGGGGCGCCCCGUCGACGACGGUGCGUGGCACACCGUGCGGGCAGAGCGGCACGGAAACAACCUGCUGGUGAGCGUAGACGACGGCGACGGCUGGCGGAGGAACGAGUCGCUGGUGACCCUGGAGGAGGGCGCCGUCGGGCGCGGCUGGGACCCGCCCGUCACGUCCCCCUCGACGGACCGCGAGGACAUCACCGUGGGCGCGACGGCAGAGGCGGCGGACAGCGGCGCCGACUCCCUGGAUUCGGAAAAACACACCUGCAUUGACGACGUGAGAGUGGCCGGCCGCCCACUCCCGCUCCCCCCGGCCGUGAACGUGACAUCGUGGGCGCGCGUGACAGCCGUGCACCAGCUGGAGGUCGGGUGCCCAGCUGCCGCCGACGCCUGCGCCAACACCACCAGCUGCCCGACGCCCCUCGCCUGCUUCUCCAGCUGGGGGCGGGCCUCUUGCAGCUGUGGCCCGGGCCGCCAGCUGGUGGGCCGCACGUGCCAGGACGUGGACGAGUGCGCGUGGCGGCCCUGCUUGCACGGGGGCUCCUGCCAGAACCUGCGGCCCGGCUUCCUGUGCGUGUGCGGCCCGGGCCACGCCGGCGACUACUGCCAGUGGACCAAAGUGGAUUCCGCAGCCUACCCUCUCACGGGGCCGGUGGCCAUCGUGGCCCUAACUCUGUCUGUGAUUUUUACAUUUCUCCACAACACUUACAACCACUCCAAUUCCCUCGACGCAGUGGUGGUGGGCGUCGUGUUCUCCGUGAAGCUCCACCGCCACUGGCACAGCGGCGGCGUGAGGGCGGGGAGCGGUAGCGGCGGUGGCGGAGGCGGUGGGGGCGGCGGGGUGUGCAGCGGCGAAGGAGGAGGGACAGAAAAAGGCGCUGACGAAGAAGGGACGUUCCUGGAGGAGAAGGGAGACCCGGAGGACGCCAGGAGAAGGAACCGACGCCCCUUCCUGGAGCGUCUGAGCCACAUGAUGCCCGCGCUGAGGACGUCCAAGGGAGAACCGACGCCCAUCCCGACGAAGGAAGACACCGUCAUACCCGACAAACUCGCCCGCACGAGUCUCCCAGAGCCCGAAGACGAGCCCGCCCCAGCGCCGACGGUUCCGACAUCGGGGUCCUCGCUGCCUCCAGGACCCGACCCCCUCCUGGCGUCUCUUCCGACGGACUCGAUCCUCUGCAAGGACGACCUGCGCGCCUACGCCUACGAGGGGGAUGGGUCGUCCUCGGUCUCCGCGCUCUCGGUCAUAUCAGGCCUGCGGGCGGAGCAGACGGAGGAGGGCGGCAUCAGGCCCCUGGUGCCAGGCUUCCUCGACGUCCUGGAUCUCCUGCGGCACCUCCCGGACGGCCCGCGGUCCCCACCUCUCAACGGCGCCAGAACCAAGUGCCAAGGCAGCCCAUCGGCCCGCGGCAGUGCCAGCGCGUCGCCCGCUCGCUCUGCGGGCGUGACCCCUCCCCCGGCCUCUCUGCCUUCCUCUGCUGGAGUCGCUGACGAGGAGGAAUCGUCUCCGGCGCUCUACGGCGUCGCGUCUUCCUCGCCCCGACCUGCCGCUGCCUCUGCCCCGCCCGCCGCCCCGGCCUCCUGCGCUUAUUUUAUGAAGAAUAUCUGUGAGAUGGAUCAGUGUGAUGUUAAAUGUGAUCGUAUGUGGAUAUGUGACUUUUACAAACUUUCAAAGAGAAGGAAAAAGGGAAAAAUCUACUCUCAAUUUGACUAG